GUCCUGGGGUGCUUCUUGAAUGCCUGGGAAGGAUUGGGUGAGCUCAGAGGGGUUAUUAUUUGGGGAGGGGGGGAUAUGGAGAAAUGGGGAUAGAGUUUGCAAUGCAAGACCCCAAGUGGGUAAAAAGGAUGAGGGGGGGGGCAUUUAAAUGGGAAAAUGGACCCUUCCCCUCCAGUUCAGCCCCUCCUUGCAUCAGUAAAAGCCGCUUUCAGCAAAGCUUCUCAGGCAGCAACGGAAAGAAAUCCUUGAUGCCUUCUUCGCUAUCACCGUGUGGUGGAGAGAAAGGAACCAUCAUGAGGCCCGCUCAAGAUCCUCCAGUGUCCUUUGAAGAGGUGGCUGUGUAUUUUACCCCAGAGGAGUGGGCCCUGCUGAACCCAGCCCAAAGAGCUCUGUACACGGAAGUCAUGCUGGAGAAUUUUGGGAAUGUGGCCUCUCUGGGACCAGUGAUGGCCAAACCUGACCUAAUCUCCUGGCUGGAAGAAGAAGCAGUGCAUUUCUUGCUAUUCCUGGCUGAAGAGGAGGCACUGGCAGCCAGGGGUAUGCAGAGAAUUCAGGGAGAGGUGGAAAAAUAUAAAUGCCUGGAGUGCGGGAAAAGCUUUCAUAAAAAGAAUAAGUUAACUUUGCAUCAAAGAAUCCACAAAGGAGAGUACCCAUAUAAAUGCCUGCAGUGUGGAAAGUGUUUUAGUAGCAAAGGAGGUCUUUCUUACCAUGACAGAAUUCAUACAGGGGAGAAACCAUAUAACUGUUUGGAGUGUGGAAGAAGCUUUUUGUGGAAGGGUACUUUAACAUUCCAUCAAAGAAUUCACACAGGAGAAAAGCCAUACAAAUGUCUAGUGUGUGGGAAAGCAUUUAGUCGCAGGCUGAACCUCACUGACCAUGACAGAAUUCACACAGGAGAGAAACCAUACAAAUGCUUGGAGUGUGGAAAAAGCUUUCGACGGAAGAAUGAUCUAAGUACACAUCAAAUAAUUCACACAGAGCAGAAGCCAUAUAAAUGCCUGGAGUGUGGAAAGGGAUUUUGUCGUAAGAUAAGCCUUACUUACCAUGACAGAAUUCACACAGGGGAGAAAAUGUAUAAGUGUCUGGAGUGUGGAAAAAGCUUUCGACGGAAUGACACAUUAACUUUCCAUCAAAGAAUUCAUGCAGAAGAGAACCCAUAUAAAUGUCUCCAGUGUGGAAAGUGUUUUAGUAGCAAAAGAGGCCUUACUGACCAUGAAAGAAUUCAUACAGGGGAGAAACCAUAUAACUGUUUGGAGUGCGGGAAAAGCUUUCCACGGAAGAGUACUUUGAUUUACCAUCAACGAAUCCAUGCAGCAGAAAAGCCAUAUAAAUGCCAAGAGUGUGGAAAGGGAUUUUGUCGCAAGAUAAGCCUCAUUUACCAUGAACGAAUUCACACAGGGGAGAAACCAUAUAAAUGUCUGGAGUGCGGGAAAAGCUUUCGAAAAAAUGAUUCGUUAACUUUCCAUCAAAGAAUUCACACAGGAGAGAAACCAUAUAAAUGUCUGGAGUGUGGAAAGUGUUUUAGUAGCAGAGGAGGCCUUACUUACCACAACAGAAUUCAUACAAGGGAGAAACCAUACAAAUGUCUCGAGUGUGGAGAAAGCUUUCGAUGGAAGAAUGAUCUAACUUUCCAUGAAAGAAUUCACAAUGGAGAAAACAUAUAAAUGCAUGGAGUGUGGGAAGGGCUUUGGACAGAAGAUUAAACUAAAUCCACAUCAAAGAGUUCACACUAGGGAGAAAGCGUAGGAAAGUCUGUAGUGUGGGCAGACAUUCCAUCAAAGCAAAAUAGAUUAGGCAAUUAGAAAAGAAUGUGAUUUGUGUUAUAAGAAUGUCAUCUUAAACUGUUCUGUUUCAGUAGAAAAGAAAAAGGUAACUGUCUAGGUAUCUGACGAAGUGAACUGUGACUCAUGAAUGCUGUUUUUCACUGCUCUAGACAGACUUAACACGGUUACCCAUUGCAUUCUCUUUCACACCUGUGGAAUGCUAGAAUUGUGAGAGUCUUUCUGCCGCAUGAGCACCCAUUCUCACCCGUUAUCUUUCUACAGAUGAGCAAAGCAGUUUUGUAGAUCGUAUUCAGAGAAGGAGUGUUGUAGCUUCGUAGACUUUAAGCCUUUGUCAGUAAUAGUAAUAGCCAGCACCUUGGCAUAAACUGAAAAAAUUGAAGAAUCUCCAAAGGAACGACUCAGAUAUGUGUCAGAUACAUUUUGUGCCUCACCCCAAAUAGUAAUCAAGGUGUGACGUUCUGUACCAGACAGAGAUUCUGACUUCAAGGGUGGACCCAUGUAGAGUAUAUCACGGUAGACUGGCUGCCUGGUUACUGUGGUUUUGAUUUUCAUUGUGUUUAUCGAUUCUAUUCUGAGUGUUCAUGCCUUUAAUAUUCCCUGUGUUCUGAGGAGGAUCAAGUAUUGUGCUUCAACAGACUGUAUACUUUGUUAAA